AUGGACGCCGUUAAAGGCUACCGCAAGCCAAAUCAUGGCCUCUUUCACUUCAUACCAGAUGCUUGGGUUCCAUACGCCGAGCUCAUGCGUCUCGACCGUCUGUCGGGGUUCUGGGCCUUCUACUGGCACUAUUUGAUAGGACUUGGAUUUGCCAUCAAUCUUCGCCCAUUCUCCAAUGAUAUCGAUCUAAAAUCUCUUGUCGUCCUCGCAGCGUAUCUGGGUCUAUGGGCCACCGUCUUCCGCGGUAUUACCUGUACGUGGAAUGACAACCUUGAUCAGGACUUUGACCGCCAGGUCGCUCGCUGCCGAGUGAGACCCAUUCCGCGCGGUGCCGUCACAACAUCGCAGGCGCAUUUCUUCACAGCCGCACUGAUUGCUAUCGGAGCCUGCAUCCUAUACCCUUACGGCUAUUCGAUAUUGUUUCACGCCGCCAUAGAUAGCGUGUUCUUGUUUAUCUAUCCCUUGCUGAAGCGCUUUACAGACUUCCCUCAAGUCGAGCUGGGAUUUGGCCUAUCUUAUGCCAUCUUUCUGGUGACUGGGAUGCUCGCCAAGGAUCCGUUAGCCCCUCUACUGGACUCGUCGUUGGAAUUCUCAGGGCGCGUGUCCAAGAUCGUUCAGUCACCCGAGGCCCAGGCAGCUGCAUUUCUAUACACCGCUGGGAUUCUCUGGUCUGUCGUUUUUGACACUCUUUACGCUCAUCAGGACUACCUCGACGACCUGAAAGCUGGCGUCAAAGGACUCGCCGUUCGACUCGGAAGGAAGGGAACAAAACCAGCCCUCUACGUAGCAACUCUGGCGCAAGUAUACUGUUUAGUAUUGGCAGGCCGUUUAGCAGGGUUUGGUGGACCAUACUAUGCCAUAACAUGUGGCGGCGAUGCUUUGCUGUUGUCAUGGAUGAUUUGGGCUACCGACCUGGAAGAUGGCGCUAGUUGCGCUUGGGCAUUUGGUCGUGGAAGUGCUUAUGUCGGCGCCUCGAUCUCAGCUGGGCUCUUUGCUGAGUUCUGGUCCAAGAAGUAUGGAUUCUGA